AUGGCAACCAUUAAUAACUCAUCAUCAUCAUCAUCAUCAUCAAAACCCAAAGCAUUAAUCCAUUUCAUAGUUGAAGCUCGGCAUGUUUUAGUGGUAACCACGAAUGAUGGUUCUGAAAUCAUUGUUGUUGGGCAGAGAACGUCUCUGUUACCAGAAAAAAGACAAGCAGCAGCUUGUCACAACAACCCAUCAUUGGACAUUUUUAUAGAUCUUGAUGUUCCGGUCGUCGGCGAAUAUCGAAGAGUUACCGAAGCCGAAGGUGAUGGUUUUACGUUGGUUCCUGUUUCACGAGCUUCGAUUGAGGCUUUGGAGAUUAAGAAAUUUGAUGAUACUGCUCCGUCAUCUUCUUCUUCUAUAGAGACUUGUAUGAUUUGCUUGGAUAAAUUCAAGAAUGGAGUCGAUAUCACCCCUUUGCCUGGCUCACAUUCUUUCCAUACUCAAUGUAUCAUCAACUGGUUGGAACACAAGAAUUUGUGUCCCUUGUGUCGCCAUGAAAUGCCUACGGAGGAACCUAAUUAA